AUGAGACCUCAUGUUGCUUCAUGUAUUGGAGAUGGUAGGAAUACUUCAUUGUGGCAUGAUUGGUGGCACCCAAUUGGUAUUUUAAGUACAAUUAUUGCUAGGAGGGAUUGGAUUAGAAAUGGCUUUAAUGAUGAAUCUUUAGUCAGUGAUGUUAUGACAAAUGAUUCUUACACCUGGCCUGCUGAUUGGGUAAAUAAGUUUCCUGGAUUGAUUGAUGGGCCCAUGUUUUGCAAUAUUGGAAAUAAUAGGGAUAUGAUUGUUUGGAGGGAUAUGAAAGGCAUGAGUAAAAAAUUUUCUUGUAAGCAAGUUUGGAGAGAUAUUAAUAACUUUGGAGACAAUGUUAGCUGGGCGAACUGUGUUUGGUAUAGGAAUUGUAUUCCCAGGAAUGCCUUUAUCUUGUGGCUUGCUGUGCUGAAUAGAUUAAAGACUCAAGAUCGAGUUAAAAUUUGGGAGAAGUCAGGUUCUUUGCUAUGUCCUUUCUGUUUUACCAUUUCUGAUUCGCAUGACCAUCUUUUCUUUCAAUGUGAGUUCUCAAAUGCUAUUUGGAAUCAUUGUUGUUCCAAGUCUGGGAUUGAUGUUUAUUAUUCCAAUUGGAAUGAUUUAGUUCUUAAAAUUAGUUCUGGAUUAAAGUCUAGAACUGUUGAGAAUUUGAUCAAAAAAUGGGUGUUGGCUAGUUGUGUUUAUCAUAUUUGGAAAGAAAGAAAUUUAAGAAUUUUUUGUAAGCUGAGAAAUUCGGAUAAAGGAGUGAUUUUUUGUAUUGAGAAUGAAAUUAAAUUGAAGUUGAUAGGGUUGAGGAAAAUGAAUAUCAUGGACUAUUUCUGGGCUUUCGGUGAUGAUUCUUUCAGGAUGUUCUAUCUGCUGUUGAUUGUCAAUAUUGCUGAAGUUGGGUUUACUCAUAGCAGGAGGUUCAAUUUGAGGAGUUAUAUUGUGAGGAUAAAGGAUAUUAGAUGGAGUAACAGAGAGUGGAUACAAGAGCUGAUUGGUAGGAGAAAAUGCUGGACUAAUAUCGUGAAGGUGUUGCAGUGGAAUUUGGUUAAUUUUAUUGGGAUUUCCUUGUUUUUUGUAGUUUGUGGGUUUUGA